CAGCGCUAUGGGUCUCGACUCGACCUCACCCCGAAUAUCACUGAACAUGCGGAGUUGACACUCAGACACCAUCACUAUUUCAUUUACAGCUCUCUGUUUUGUUCUACACAUUUUUUAACCUGUGCCCACAAACAACAAGAUGGGUCUAUUGUCAUCUAAAACGCUGAUUCAGGCACAUGCCUUAUGUCUGUUCAUCCUCGCCGUCUACCUCACCAAGUCACCAGAAGUCAUCACGGACUCCGAUGUGGUUUUUAUGCUAGGGGAGACCUUACAAAUAGAUGCCGCGCCAUCCCUUUCUCGUCCUCAGUCACCCUUCGCGCUAUGCGGUAUCCUCCUUGUUGCGGAUGCCCUCGUCGACCUCAUCCUCGUCACAAAGGUCCCCCGAAUCAAUGAAAUUAUUGCAAUGGCAGAAAUCGCUCGGUCCGCAGCCCCCACGUCCAUCGCAGGAGCUAUGCGAACGAAUCCAUUCUUAGCACGUCUCGCCUCGCUUUACACCGAAAUUUGGACACUGCUCUCUGCUUCACGCUUUUGCCUUUUCUUUGCGGUAUCUUUCUUUAUAUACCAGAGUAAGCCAUCGGAUUGGGGCGUGGAUGUUCACCAGACAGUUGGUGGGUAUGGCCAAGAGUCCUCCUCUGGCUUGGACCAGUUGAAAAACAGAGUAAUAUUCACGUAUGGCUUUAUGGAAAUGAUGUUUUGGCUUUGGAUUUUCCUUACCCUCCGCGAAGAACGACACGAGAUCGCGGUUCGAUUCGCAGAACAAGAUCAACAACUGUCGUAGGCUCCUUUGAAUGUGCGAACGUGUGGGAGUACCUGAGUACCUAAAUUGAACUUGCUACUACAAAGAGAACGAGAGCAAUCACAACGAGCACACACAUUCCACUCGACUUCAUCAAUGCGUACACAUGG